AUGUCCUCCACAAUAUACAACCAUAGGAGCCUUCAGCCCACUGGCCCUCCCACCCAGGGCCCUGGCCAGCACACACAUGCUAGGCUAAACGAAUCUUUCGACAAUAUCAGAGGCGAAUUUGAGGUUCUGACUUCUGAUAUGGGACUUCUCCGCAACCAACGCGACGAAUACGAAUCCAAAGUUACUUCUCAAAUUAACGAGCUCAACAUCAUUCGCCAGUCUUUGUACGAGCUAGAAUCGCAACAUGGAAAAAUUCGCCAGCAGUAUGAAGAAGAGCUUUCCCGAUUACGUGCGGAACUGCACGCCGCCCGACAAGGGUUACCUGGCGGCGCUCCGCCUCAUCCAACUGUCGGCCCUGGAACCAUCGGACCUUCAGGUCCCCCUGCAGGGCCACCCACUGUCCCAGGCGUUCAACCAGCCACGGGCCCUGCUUCGUACCCCGACCCUUAUUAUGCACGCGAACGCGAGCGUGAUCGUGAUCGUGAGAGGGACAAAGAUCGCGAACGGCUUGAACGCGACCGAGAGCGGGAGUUGAGGGAUCGAGAGAGAGAUCAACGCGACAGAGAGCGUGAACGCCCUCCCGUUGAGAGUAGUCGUGAUCCGAAGCGUAUUAAGACUGAGCGUAUGAAGAGUGACCGCCCAGAUCAUUAUAGCCCUUCUCUUGGUGCAGGGCCAACCAAACUACCAGCUCCAGGAGGGCCUCCCACCUAUCAAGGCCCUGGUUUACCUCCACCUCCAUCAGCACAUCCACCGUACGCCCCAGGACCUGGCAACCCACCACCUGGUGGACCCUUAGAAUCAACUCCCGGUGCCUCGAGCGCUGUGGCUCCUGCCGGUAGCACGAGUGGGGGUCAGUUUCCAGACGACCUUGACCCCGUCAAUGUCCCUCCAGAGUUCAAGAAGGAUGGCUCUGACUGGUUCGCUGUGUUUAGCCGAAAAACGAAACGAGUGCAUACGCUUAUACAUGAGAGCGUCGUGUGUUGUGUGAGAUUUUCUGCUGAUGGCAAAUACCUUGCUACCGGCUGUAACCGGACCGCACAAAUCUACGACACCAAAACUGGUCAAAAAACAUGCGUGCUAAUUGAUGAGUCAGCUGGAAAGGCAGGAGACCUCUACAUCCGCAGUGUGUGCUUCAGCCCCGAUGGGAAGUACCUUGCUACUGGGGCCGAAGAUAAACAAAUACGCAUUUGGGAUAUUGCCAAAAAGCGUAUACGCAACGUUUUCGACGGCCACCAGCAAGAAAUAUACUCGCUAGAUUUUUCACUCGAUGGUCGGCUCAUUGUGUCGGGAUCCGGCGACAAAACUGCGCGGAUCUGGGACAUGGUCGACGGGACCUCAAAAGUUUUGACCAUCAACGACCCAGACUCGUUGAAUAACGAUGCAGGUGUAACGUCCGUCGCCAUUUCUCCCAACGGACAGCUUGUUGCCGCUGGCAGCCUUGACACUGUUGUUCGUAUCUGGGAUGUUACCACAGGAGCAUUGGUCGAGCGCUUGAGGGGACACAGGGACAGCGUAUACAGCGUCGCAUUCACCCCAGACGGCAAAGGCUUAGUAAGCGGCAGCCUGGAUAAGACGUUGAAGUACUGGGACGUAAGCGGAUUGCUUACUGGAGGAAGCAAGCGAAAAGACGGAGUAGCAAAUGGAAAGAAAGACUUGGAGAAGACCAGCCAGUGUACCAUGAACUUCGUUGGCCAUACGGAUUAUGUGUUGUCCGUUGCCGUUUCCCACGAUGGGCAGUGGGUUGUCUCAGGGUCCAAAGACCGAGGCGUGCAGUUCUGGGAAGCACACUCGGCAAAUGUACAGUGUAUGCUUCAGGGACAUAAAAAUUCUGCCCCUGCGGGGAACGUGUUGGCUACUGGAAGUGGAGAUUGGCAGGCGCGGAUAUGGAGUUACCAAACCAUUUAG